AUGUCAGACCCCUUCUCAACAGCAAGCAGUGUGAUCGGUGUGGUCUCGUUGGGCUUGACUGUCUGUCAAGGCCUGGUGUCCUACUACUCAGCCUUCAAGGGUCAAAAUCAAUAUGUCGAUAGCCUCACCCAGAGAGUUCAAAACCUGCAAGGCUGCCUCAACUUGUUGCAACAGGCCCUACCAGUAUGGACGAUACGCUUUGCCAACACGGCGCCCCAGAUCCAACAGCAUAUCACCGCCUGUGAGCCUAGCAUCGUGGCUUUGCGCAACAAGCUCUCUGGCUUCAAACAGAUGCAAGGGCCUUCAUUGCGCAGGGACAAACUGCAACAUUUAGCACAAAAAGCAGCCUUUCCAUUCAGAAAGGCCACCAUCGAUGAAUUAUGUGGCAUCCUUGAUGGGUUGCAGAAGAACCUGGACACCGUCCUCCUCAUCGCUGGUUUGGAUGCAUCCUCAACCACACUGAACGCCCUGGUUGUCCGAGACACAAAGAUUGACGCCAUCUUAUCCGCUUCAGAUGUCAUAACUGCUCGGUCCCAACAGACUAGCGACCAACUUUCCUUUUUGUGCUCCGAAAUAUCCACGAUCAAAAAUUAUAUCCAAGCUGAAAAAGCCCUUCACGGUGCCGGCUCGCAUAAGCUCAUCCAACCGCCCGACGGCUCGAUCUCGACUGCGAGACCGCAGAACUCGCAGCUACGGGGUCCUGGAGAAGGGCAGGUCCAGCCUCCGCACUUCCCACAACCGAAUCUUUCUUCCAGAGCUUACUAUCAAGACUUACACGGGCGUCCAACUUCUCCAGCAACCAACACAUCCAAAUGGUCUCAUUACCCAAUCUGCCUAUGCCUGAAAACCAGGACGCGCCGACCCCCAAGAGCAACUACACUGUUCAUUUCCUAUCUUCACACCGAAGAGCAUGAGGAGGAUUGUCCCUGCUAUCUGCCAACGGCCAAGAAGAGAAAACUAGACAUCUGGAUAUCGUAUCGCUCGGUGCUGAUCUCUCGUGGUUUCCGGUGCAUGGCGUCCUUUGUCACCGGCUCGGGUGGAGGCUCAAUCAGUGCAACUGUGGACUGGAUUCCGAUUGUUUCUUGGGAGACUUCGAGCGCAAUCCAACUUCUUCUGCGACUAAAACAUGCACUGUUUGGUUGUGAAGCGCCGGAGGCCCUUCUGGAUGGAGCCCGCGUGGAGCUGAUGGGCCUCUUCGCCCAGAGAAAAGCACAUCCGAGAGAGGUUGAUGAGGGUGGUCGUGGCCUCCUCUAUGUGGGUGUAUCCAUGGCUUACGUGGUCAAUUCUUGCUAA